AUGAUACAAACCGGACACUCUGUUGGGGUCGCAUUCGCGCUUAACAUUGCGGCGGGGAUCGCUACGAUCCUCGGUGGUAUGGUUGUCUUGAACAGGCAUCUCGUCCAUUUGGCGAAUCCGCGUAGCCUGGCGAUCGCUCUCAGCAUUUCAGCGGGUGUAAUGAUGUUCAUUUCGCUGGUAGAGAUCUACGGCGAGUCGGUGCAUUUACUAACGGAGGGCUUCAAGACGGAUGAAAUGUCGGAGGAGACGGCUACGGGACACGGGUGGCUCGCUGCUACUGCAUGCUUUGCAGUCGGAAUCGCUCUCAUCUACGCUAUCGACGUGGUUGUGCACAAGAUCUCUCCUGUACAUGAAAUGACGGAGAUCGACAACCUGAAUUCUAACCGCGAAUCGUUAGAGCUCAGCAAGGACAACGAAAGCUUCCAUGCUCUUGAGCCGGGAUCCCAGACACCCAACGCGCACUAUGUCAAGAUGGAUCCCAAAGCGAAGCUUGCACUACAACGCAUGGUUGGGCUCUCACUCGCAGUUGGUAUCGGCCUCCACAACAUUCCGGAAGCCAUUGCUGUUGCUGCUCCUAUCUACUUUGCGACUGGAUCCCGUUGGCGUGGCAUCAUGUGGUGCACUAUCUCAGCGUGCGCCGAGCCGAUGGGUGGAGUCAUCGCGUGGUUGGCUAUCGGAGACGGCAUGGAUCCGAUCUCGGAAGGGAUUUUGUUUGGAAUCGUGUGCGGUAUCAUGGUCUGCAUUUGCGUGAAGGAGCUCAUUCCGGCUGCAUACAAGCUCGCGAAGGACGAGAAUCACAUCGUUGCGUUCGGGAUGCUCGCUGGCAUGUUCAUUAUGGUCUCAAGCCUCACGCUGUUUGGCUACGCCGGUGUGUGA